UACCGGCAUGAAAUGUUUUGAUAUUUUGAAACGAAACGUGACUUCUCAUACUUUUUCUGUUUUCGUCAACAACGAAUUUCAGUUCCCUUGUAUUAACAAAACUUGGACGUAAUAUAGAGGGAAUAAAGGUUGGCUUUAUAGUUGACUGUACGUCAACAUCAUGGGAGUUAUAGUGCUACAGUUGUUUGCAGUACCCGAAGGAAAAUCAGGUCCUCAAGUCAUAGACAUUCUGACGAAACGAGUCACCUCUCUGGGAGGUGUUCUAAGUGGCUCGUUUAUGGUGGAUUGUGAGACUUACACUUCAGUGGCAUCAUUAGGAGCGACGAGAUCGGUGCAUUUGCUCCACAAUUCAGAGACUCCGGCGUCGGUUUACGCGCUGCUGGAAGCCGCCAGUGGCAACAAAACGGUGGCCCUGGUGGCCGACAACUUGUUCGACCUGCUGAUGCUCAAACUCAACAACUUUUACCAGGCCAAGAAGCAGACCAAGAUCGAAUCGCGCGGGCCACGUUUCGAAGCCGGAGAUUUCCUCGUCAAGCUCGGCUCUGUCACUAUGGGCCCGACCUUCAAGGGCAUCCUCGUCGAGGUGGAAUAUCAAGCCUGCAGUCUGCCGGCCGCCUGUUGGGAUCUGAUCCGCGAGUUCAUGCAGGGCUUCUUGGGCGGCUGCGUCUCCUCCAGUCCGCCUCAAUACAUCCAGAACCGAUUCGGAGACAUGCUGAGCCCUAUCGACGGCAUCAAUCAGUACCUGGAGCAGUUCAACGCUUUCCGCAAAACAACCGGCAUCCGAUAGAUCAACGAGCAACAAAAACAUACCGAUACACAGCACAUACCGCAAAACUAACAGUUAAUAAACAACAACUCUAUUUGAGAACAAGAAAAUGCGUUCCAGGACUUUGCGAAGAGAAUACACACAAAAACAAGA